GUGCCAACUGCCGAAAGCUGCCUACCCUCUCUCUCCCUCUCACCUCUUUCUCUCUCUACUGUAACUCACCCUUUCUCUCUCUAAACCAACAAAGGUGAAUUUCGGGAACAAAGCGAGAGAGAGAGAGAGAGAGAGAGAGAGAGAGCAGGAAGAGAGCGAUGCAAACGAUCUCCAAGGCUUCUUGCGCCAUGGCCUCCUUCCCUUGCUCUAGGGUGAAGAGUGGGCUGUGCAUAUGGCCAAGCAUGAGACAAGUUUGUCUCCGGAAAGGCCUUCCCUAUGGUCUCUUUCGGUUCUUAUCUUUUCCAUUCAGAACCUUGUGGGGUGCCAGUAGGUCCUUGAAAGUCACUCAGUUUUGCAGUGUAACUAGUUCAUCCUCCUCGCUCCAGAUUGAAUUGGUGCCAUGUCUCAAGGACAACUAUGCAUAUCUUUUGUAUGAUGUGGAUACAGGGACAGUUGGGGUUGUUGAUCCUUCAGAAUCUCGACCUGUGAUAGAUGCUUUGAGCAGAAAAAACCGAAACCUCACCUAUAUAUUGAAUACUCAUCAUCAUUAUGAUCACACUGGUGGAAAUUUAGAGUUGAAAGCAAGGUAUGGUGCUAAGGUAAUUGGUUCAAUGAAAGACAAGGACAGGAUACCCGGUAUUGAUAUAGCUCUGAAUGAUGGAGACAAAUGGAUGUUUGCUGGCCACGAGGUGCUCGUGAUUGAUACCCCUGGGCAUACUCGAGGCCAUAUUAGCUUCCAUUUUCCCGGAUCAGGGGCCAUGUUCACUGGAGACACAUUGUUUAGCUUGUCUUGUGGCAAGCUUUUUGAAGGAACUCCUCAAGAGAUGCUUUCAUCACUUGAAAGGAUCAUGUCUUUGCCUGAUGAUACAAAUAUAUACUGUGGCCAUGAGUAUACAUUGAGUAAUUCGAAGUUUGCCUUGUCAAUAGAACCCAAUAAUGAGGCUCUUCAAUCCUAUGCAGUGCAAGUAGCUCAUCUUCGCAGCAAAAGCUUGCCAACGAUCCCAACUACCUUGAAGAGGGAGAAGGCAUGCAAUCCUUUUCUUCGGACUUUGAGUCCGGAGAUUCGGCAAUCCCUGGGUAUUGCAGCUGCAGCAGAUGAGGCGGAAGCCUUGCGUGUUAUACGGCAGGCAAAGGAUGACUUCUGAGUGGUGAGCGAUGCCAUGCUAUGCCAUGCUGCCGGGUUCUGUAUAGAGUUGAUUUGCUUAAUUUUCACUCCAUGUGUUCAAUAGAAGCAACCACUUUACAUUCCACCACCUUGUGCCUUUCGUUUUUCUUUCUUCUUUUUUAAUUUCCUCCGGGGUGUUCCGGGAUUCCCAUAAGAAAAAAAAAGGGUAUUUGAAUUGUAGAGGUGGUGUUGAUGAUGGUGAUGAGAUGACGAUGACAAGUAUUCUCUGAUGUGAUCAAUGAUGAUAUGGUUGCAUUUGGUUUUACUGAAA